AUGCUCCAGGACGUCGACGACGCCUACACGCUUUACGAGAACCCACCCACAAGUCUCAUCAAUCUCCUCUACAAUCCUCUCAUCCUCGCCCACACAGCUCCCCAUCUCUCUGCCCAUGAUCGUCUGAGUCUCGCAUCCACGAGCCGAAGCUUCCGAGAUCUCGUCACCCACACUCCGGGCGUGUUCAGACAUCUCGACCUCACCCAGGUCCGCACAGCGCAGUUUGACAUUGAUGGUAUCGGCCGCGGUGGCGAAGUAUGGCGCAACGUUCAACUUGACGAGAAUCUGACCGAAGAUGACUUCUACUCUGGCCCGCUGAGAGGCAUUUUCUCGAGCAUCCGCCGCCGAAACAUCCUUCAAGAUGUGCAGACGCUAGUCCUUGACGGCCUGUCCGUCACCGCCGAGCUCUGCCACGAAAUCAUUCACGACCCGAGCUACAGUGUUCGCAUUCUCUCCGUCCGCGGCGCAAAGAACCUCAACGAGCGCAGGCUUUGCGGCUCCCUUCAACAUGCCUGCAGGCCCUCGCGACCAGAGGGUAUGCCCCGACUGAAGGGCCUGUAUAUCUUUGGAGCGCCAGACAGCAAGCUGCCCCCGAUGACGGCAUCAGGCGUCUCGUCUGCCGCUGCGGUCUCGGCCGCCGCGCAGAUCAGCGCAGGGUGGAAUGCCAAGUCGCAGCAGGCGUUGAGCUCCUCCCUUCGCAGCGAGGGCGAUGAGUGGUACCAGAAAAGGGGCCGCAUCAUCACUCGCCCGCUCGUUGAGGAGUGGGCCAACACCCUGGUCGACUGCCACGGUAUCAUCGCCUUCGACGCCUUACCGUGUUCCGGACCUCAUCAUUUCAACUCCCCGGCCUACGGCAAGGUAAGGGUUCCGGGCUCGGCGCGCCAUUGGGCCGUCGCGACUGUUGCUCUGGGCGGUUGCGCCGGCUGCGGCGCCGCCCCCGAGGGAAUGACUAUUCACAAGGACACGCCGGCAAGCCAUCGCCCGCUUCUGGCUCCGCCGCCCGUCUUGACGUCUUCGAUCAAGGCGGCAACAACUCCGCAAACCGGGACCGGCUCGAUCUCGACCGACUCGUUCGUUGCGCGAUGCCUCGAUUGCCUCCGCGAACGCUACUGCACCGACUGCAACAAGUGGUGGUGCGAGGAAUGCUAUCAAACGCCUACCACCGCCAUCGAGCUGGCCGAAACCGAUGUGAUCAUUGUCGACGCCGAGGGAGGUGCCUGGGUCCAGCAUGAGGAACAGCAGAGCCAGCCCAAGAUUAAGGUACGAAACGGCACAUGCUUCCCGAAAUGCACCGCAAGCGAGGUCAUCGAUGCGCUACGCUAG